AUGACAUAAUUCAUUUGCGUCAUGAUUUUGUCUGUUUUUUUUGUUUUACUUGGUAAGGCAUCAGAAUGUGGUAAAGUUUAAUGAUAUAAUAAAGAAUCUUUGAUAUAGGAGUUUUCAAUAAUAGGGACAGUGAAUGAGUCAUUGUCUUGGGAUUUACAUAAGACAUUUUUUAGAGGGAGUGAUUUAAAAUCGAAUGUUUCAUUAUCAGGUAUGCCAUUUGCAAGUACAUCUGAUCCAAUAUAACAAUUGGGAUAUGGCACUAAUCAUGGAGAUGAAGGUAUAUAAAAUAUAUUGAAUAAUAUUUUUAGAUAUAGGAGUGAUACUUACUUUGAAGCCAUUAGUGAGUUAAGAGACAAGAGCAUGGAUGAAUGACUUUAUUUUCUUAGAGUAAAAUGAAACAGAUGUAGAUAUUCAUUAUUCACUUAAGUAUAAAUUAUUACCACAAUUAGUCAUCCAUUACAUACUUCUUAGACACCAUACUUUUAUGAUUUUAUUACAGUACAUAAGAGUCCUGCACUAGUAUGCUAUGAUGCAGAUUUUGUUACUGAAACAACUAUCAUUGUAGAUUGUUCUACAAAUCUAGCUGGAGUGGCCAAUGGAUUCAUUUUCAUUGAUGUUGUGUCUGGGGAAAAACAUAUCUAAAAUAAUGAUAAUCCACAUAAUUAUAAUUUAACUAAGGCUAGAAAAAUUGUUACACUUAAUUAUACAGCAUAAGAUUAAGAAUUUGGAUCUGUUAAAGCAAAUCCUAAAAUAUAUUUAUUUAGAGGGGAACCAGCAUGGGCUACUGAAAAUUAUACUAAAGAUAAAUUAGAUAAUGAUUGUGAACUUGAAGUAUUCUUAAUUGAUUUUAAAUCUGAAGAUGAUUAAAAAUAUAUUGCUAUGUUGAAUACUACUCUAUUAACUAAAUUAUUACCCUAACCAGUCGAUAAUUUCACUCUUAUUGAUUUCUAAAUUGAACCUAAUGGAGAAUUAUAUGUUUUAGAUGCAUUUCAUGGAGUUUAUGUUCUCUAAAUUACUAAUACCAAUCAAUUUAAAUUAUUGUAACAUUUUGAAAAUCCUACUAAAGAAUAAAUCUAUGCUUUCGAUUUCAAUUAUUUAGGUAAUCCUGAUGGAACUUAUACUUAACAUUUAGUUUUAGCUUAUAAAAAUAAAGUUGUUGUUUUUGAAAAUUUCAUUCAAAAAUAAAUUUUCUAAUUACCUCAUCCUGCUGUCUAUGGAGAACUUAGACUCUCAAUGAGUUAAGAAUUUUUAGUUAUUAUUCAAAAAUAAGGAACAUAUCUUUAUCAUAUAAAUGAAGCUAUGUAAUUAUUUAAAAAUGAAGAUUAUUUUGAAUAGGUUUUAGUUAAUCCAUAUUAUCCUGAUUUAAUUGGAAUUAAUUAAUAAAAAGCAUUUAGAUAUGCACUCAGUAAAGGAUAGUUAAAUAUGUUUUCAUAAAAAAAACCAUCUGAAACAUAAAUCUAAUUCAAUCUUAAUUCUUGGCCUCAAAAUGGUGGUAAAAUGUGUUCUGUAUUAAUCAAAUGUACAAUUCUACCUGAAAAUGAUACUAAUAUAUAUAGAACAUCAGAUGAUCCUUUCCCAGAUGAAAUUGUUUAUCCUGCUAAACCAAUUGUUGUUGAUUUAUUAGCAUCUGGUCCUAGUCUAAUUUAUUAAUAAUUAGCUAAUAAUUCAAAUGUCGAUCUCACAUUAGAUUCUAUGUGGGAAGUAUAUGUAAAAGGAGUUGAUCUACCAGAAGCUAAAGAUGUAGUCUACGCUGAUUUGUUAGUCUUAGAUUAAGGAGAUAGAGUUUAUUUCCUAUUCUAAACACCAGAUCAAAAUUGUACUAUGAUUAGAUGUAGCAAUCAUGAUAUCAAAAAUACUACAUUAUAAUAAUGUAAGAAGAUAGAUGAAUUUCAUGUCCCAUUUAUCUUAAAUAAAACUAAGAAUUCAUUCACUUGGUGGCAAUCCUAUAACAUGGUCACCUAUGUUUAUAAAGAAACUGAUUUCUUAAUUAAAGUCUUUACUAGUGCUGGCUCAAGUCAAGAAACUAGUAGAAUUGAAUUUGAUUCUUAAGAUUCAACUAAUAAAAUAUAUUCAGUUGCUUAUCUUUAGAAUGCUGUUUUCAUAGCUUAAACUGCUAAAUAUUAAAUAAGUGUUUGGAGUGUAAGAGGUGAUAUCAAAGAAAUUUAUGUAAUUAAUUAGAAAGUUUUAUCUUCACAAGGAUAUAAUGGAACAUUCAUUCCUGUUGCAGUUUAUGGAAAUCCUAAAAUUAGAGGAUAAAUUGUCUUCAUCUAAACUUAAGAAGAAGUCUUAAUUGGAGAAUUUGCUAAUGGUAAUAAUAUUCAUAUUUUCCAUCUAAUGAGAACUAUUCCCAUUAUUCCUAAAUCUCAAGUUAGUAUUGCUAUUGGUCCUUUCACUUUUACUAUUGUACAAAAAACAGCAAGUGAAUAAAUCUUGGAAGAAUAUGAUUGGUAACAUCUUUAAUUAAUCGAUUUAAAUAAACGUUUACCACUCUAUAAAUACUAAUUAUAAGAACCAUUAAAUAUUGAUUAUUGUUCUUAAUCUGGAUGGUUAUUUGUUAGAGCUAUUGAUACUGUUGCCUAAGAAACUGUUAUACUUGUUUAUGAACCUAAUGUACUCUCUCAUGUCUCAUUACAUAAAGUUAUUCAAACUGGUUACAAAAUCACAGAUGUCUUUGAUAUGGCAGUUGAUGGUAAUCAGUAAAUGUUCAUCUAUUUCAAUGAUAACAAAGUCAAUAAAUUUAUAACUUUAUUAUAAGAUGCUGUUCUUACAAUAGAACCAAAGGAAAAUGUUACUGAUUAUGUUAACAAACUUGAAUCUACUGUUCAAAUUAGUAGUGCUUUAGGUGGAAAUUCUCUACAAAUUAAUGAGAAAAUUAAAUUAAUAAAUACAAACUCUAAAAUUCAUGUAAAAUAAAAGACCCUUGAUGAAAAUAAGUAUAUGUUCUAUUAUCAUAAAAAUGAUGCUGAUUAAUCUUUGGAAUUCAAUACUAAUUGGUAUGUUGGAUAGCCUUAUGAUCUUUUCGUACUUUGUCAAUAAUGUGGAGAUUAAGUUAUGAUUGAACCAUAAAUUGUUAAGAGUUCUAAUGGAUCUGAUAUGAAAUAUGUAAUUUAUGAUGGAUUUUAAUUUGAUAAUGAUACACUUGUUUAUUAGGCAGAUAAGGCUUUAAUUUUCUAACAUAAAAAUGGAAGUUUUUUGAAUAGAAUAAGUCUUGAAGCAUCACUUGGUGAAGCAUAAAGAUGUGAAUUAUUGACAGUUACUAAAGAUAGUAAAUAUAUCAUCAGUACAGUUAUUGGAAGUGGAGAUGUUUAAGCCUUAGUAAAUGAAUGCACAGGAACUAAAUGCUAAAAGUUUGAUUAAGGAAUAGUUACUUUAGCUGGAGUAUCAUAAGCAAUUAAAAUGCGAUUUGUUUUUGGACGCAAUUUUAUUGUUCUGAAUACAGAUCCUGUUAGUUAUUCUAAAUUUGAAAGUAGCAUUAUUGUUUAUUCUUUUAACACAAGUGGUAGUGCUUUUAGUAUUCUAUCUUAAAAAGUUAUCAACACAAAAUAUUUAGGUGCAACAUCAACUGUUUAGAUUGCUGAUUUCUGUCAUCUUACAGUAAGCGAAUCGAUAUAUGCUAUUUUAUUUACUGAUAUUAAUAAAGGAAUUUGGAUAGUCAAUCUUGGUUCAAAUGUUGAUGGUUCUGUUACUGAACUCAAUAAAGAAUUAAUUAAUCUUAGAGGAUAUGAAAAUGAAUAAUACUAUUUACGAGAUGAUACUCACUUCCAUUAAAUUAAGAUAUUAUCUUAAGAAUAAUCUGAUAAAUUAUUCAAGAUUUAAUUACUUAUCACUACAUCUAAUGUUGCUAAUUACAUAUUUUACAUUGAAUUAGAUAUAUCAUCCAAAACUGGAGUUUCAUACAAAUCAUAAUCUUUGAAAUUAUAAUAAGUUUUGUUUAAUUAUGGAGAUUGGAAAUCAGCUAACAAAAUGUCAUAUGCAGCUAAUCAUGUUAGCGUAGCUUAUACUGAUGGAAAUGAAGUUUUAUUGGCUGUCUAUAAGAUUGAAGUUAAAAAACUUGAUGAAGUUAAAACAGUCCCUUUCAUUUAUGGAAUUAGAGCUGAUUACAAUUCACCAUUACCUGCAGAUUUUGCUAUGAUAUUGUCAUAAUAUGAAAAUUAAGUAAAUAUUUAUUAUAUUUAUAGACAUAUCUUUAUGCAAAUAUUGAAUUUGAUAGUCUAUUCUCUGAACAUACACUUUAUAGAUAUACAAUUAAUGAUAAACCAAAAUUGCUAUUAAAAAAUUGUUCCACUUUAAAUGAAUAAGUCAUGGAUCUCUAUGCAGUUAAUCAUUUUGGAGCUUCUUUUGGUAAAAUUAUAUUAUGGGAUUUUGAGAAUGUUCCAGAUAUAGAUGAUUCUAGUAGGUAAUAAAUUAUUCUAAUAUUAGUUCUAAUUGGUGGUGGAUUACUUUAAUCGUUAUUUUUGGAGUAAUUAUCCUUGGGGGUGUAGGAUACUUUUUGUACAAGAAAUUUGGAAAGAAAGGAGUUGAACCUUUAUUAGGUUGA